AUGGUCUUGGGAUACGGAGGCUUCUUCGGUCUUGACGACUACGAGUACCAGAAACAUCUCCGGGAGAUGUCAUCGCAAGACCUCCAGAAACAAGAGAUCGCAAAGCUGCGGAGACAGAUCACCUGCGCAUUAUCGAUCGCUGUCGGUAUCUGCAUGGUUGUUCUCACUCGCGGCGGUAGCUUGAUCAUUGCCAGUACUGUGGGAGGGAGGAGAUGGCGCGUCGCUCACCGAAAGCUCGAAAUGAUACGCGCGGAGCUCACGAGGCGUGGUAUACCGCUGCACAAACUGGACUCCAAGGACAUUGAAAUACCCUUACUCGCUCAGUGCGUUGGUGCUGCCGUGGGUGCCGGACUGGACUUCGGUUUGAGCACUCUAGUCGAAAUCAACGACGUCGCAGAUUUCGCAUCCGGACAAACCGUAUUUCCCGGUUUGGUCCUCGACCCCGAAUUGGAACAGACGGCUUCUGUUCCCAAAGCCGCUGCCCAUGGCGUGCUGUACGGUGCAAUCAACCAACCGGAGCAUGCAUUGCAGGGUGCACAGAGCGUUGCUGAGCUCAUCGGCAUUGCACCAGGUGAUCAGUCAUCAAACGUUGCAAUGGUUAACUCCUCGAGUUUCAGUAUUGACAACGCAGAAAUUGACCUAACAAACUCUCUCGGACAGCAACUAGGAGAGGAUGCAGCUUUGUCUCUCGAAUCGGGAUUUGGGGAGAUUAUAGCCCAGCAGCUGUGUUGGUGGAUCACUGAAUCAUUCGAAGACGGAGACUGGUACCGUGAAGCGUCAGAACACCUCGGAUGUAGCCGCCUCUGUGGUGUCAGAAGCAUGAAGUGCAACAGCUGCUCUAAGGAGAUCACCUCCGGGUUCUACUGGCGUAAGUGGGAUCCCUUGACACAGCCUGACUGGUUCUGA